CCCUCCGGCGGAGCUUUAAUCGUCUGGGAGCAAAGCAGGACAGGUUUGGGCCCCUGAAGGAUCAACAGCUUUCAAGUGUCUCAUCUCAGCCAGGUUCUGUGCAGCUCUCUUAAGCAACAUCUCUGAUUGUGAUGAGACAUUCAACUAUUGGGAACCAACACACUACCUCAUUUAUGGAAAGGGGUUUCAGACGUGGGAAUACUCUCCAGCCUAUGCCAUCCGCUCCUAUGCUUACCUGUGGCUUCAUGCCUUACCAGCCUUGUUCCAUGCUAGGGUUCUACAAACCAACAAGGUCCUUAUCUUCUAUUUCCUGCGAUGCUUCCUGGCCUUCCUGAGCUGCAUUUGUGAACUCUACUUCUACAAGGCCGUGUGCAAGAAGUUUGGGCUACAUGUGAGCCGCCUGAUGUUGGCCUUCUUAGUACUCAGCACUGGAAUGUUUUGCUCAUCUGCAGCUUUCCUCCCAAGCAGCUUCUGCAUGUACACCACGGUGAUUGCCAUGACUGGCUGGUAUAUGGACAAGACCUCUGUAGCAGUGCUGGGGGUGGCUGCUGGAGCCCUUCUGGGCUGGCCCUUCAGUGCAGCUCUUGGGCUUCCUAUUGCCUUUGACUUGUUGAUACUGAAGCAGAGGUGGAAAAGUUUCCUCAACUGGUGUGUGGUGUCAUUGAUCCUAUUUUUGGUGCCCUUGGUAGUUGUGGACAGCUAUUACUACGGGAAGCUGGUAGUUGCACCUCUCAACAUUGUUUUAUACAACGUCUUCACCUCACACGGACCUGAUCUCUAUGGUACAGAACCCUGGUCCUUUUAUUUUAUCAAUGGCUUUCUGAAUUUCAACGUGGCAUUUAUUUUGGCACUGCUUGUGCUGCCACUGACUUAUCUCAUGGAGUGUCUGCUUCAGAAAUUUCAUGUUCAGAAUCUGGGUCGUCCCUACUGGCUGACACUAGCUCCUAUGUACAUUUGGAUCAUGAUUUUCUUCAGUCAGCCCCACAAAGAAGAGAGGUUUCUCUUUCCCAUCUAUCCCCUCAUCUGUCUCUGCAGUGCUGUGGCUCUGUCUGCUCUUCAGAAAUGUUACCACUUCGUAUUCCAGCGCUACCGUCUGGAACACUACACAGUCUCCUCUAACUGGCUGGCUCUGGGGACUGUCUUUCUCUUUGGCCUUUUGUCAUUGUCACGUUCUGUUGCCUUAUUCAGAGGCUACCAUGGGCCCCUGGACCUGUACCCAGAAUUUCACAGGAUUGCUACUGACCCCAGUAUUCACACUGUGCCAGAGGGGAGGCAAGUUAAUGUCUGCGUGGGAAAGGAGUGGCACAGAUUUCCAAGCAGCUUUCUUCUGCCAGAUAAUUGGCAGCUCCAGUUCAUCCUGUCAGAAUUCAGGGGCCAGUUACCAAAACCGUUUGCCAAGGGACCAAUGGCCACGCGGAUCAUUCCCACUGACAUGAACGACCAAAACAAGGAAGAGCCAUCUCGAUACAUUGACAUUUCCAGAUGCCACUAUCUGGUGGACUUGGAUACAACAGCUGAAACCCCAAGGGAGCCAAGAUAUUCCUCCAACAAAGAAGAGUGGGUAACCAUUGCCUACAAGCCAUUCCUAGAUACUUCCAGGUCCUCAAAGCUGCUGCGUGCAUUCUACAUCCCUCUCCUCUCAGAACAGUACACGUGGUAUGCAAACUAUACUAUUCUGAAAUCCCGGAGGUCGAAGCAAACCAGGAAAAAAAUGGGAGGCUAGCAACACACCUGGGCAACAAAACCAAAAGCAUCUGCUGACACUCUUGGACAUCUGCCUAAGCCAUUUUCAGUUCCCUUUUUGAAAGACUCUGCUUGUAAGAUUGACUAAUAAAGAUUUCCCAUGAAGUGAUUUCGCUCUGCAAGCUUCCAGCUGUAAAAAGGGUGCAUCAUCUGCUUUCAGUUCUCAGUGUCAGGUCUCUGCUCUGCCUACACAGAACAUAUUGGUAAGAAACCAUUUGAAAAUCCAGCAGCCACCUACAAACGUAUUAUCUCUGCUGCUCCCUGUGUUAUUAUCUGUUACACCAGAGAAGAGAAAAAAUGGAGAAUAAAAAGGAAUGACAGUAUGUGGUUCUGCUCCAGGUUGCAAUCUGGCACUGGGAAAAUCCAGCUCAGCUUCUCUCUUUCUCUCUGUUGUGCCUCCCCCUCCACUGUCCUCAAUCUGCUUAACUAGUGCUCGCCUUCUCCUAGGGAAUUUUUUCAGGUAACAACGUUUAGGAAAAUUAUUUUUUUAUUAAAGAAAAAUGAAGGGGAAAAUAGGAAAAUGUCCGCUGAGAGACAAUUAACUGAAAUGCACUGAAUCUCAAGGAAUGAAGUGAUGAUAUGCAUCACAGAGAAACAGCCUAAAGUUGCUCUGUCCAGGAGACACUUUCAAGGAUAAACCUGUGCUUUUGGGAGAAAAAAGCCCAAACUUCGGAAUUGAGCCAAUUAUCUGUUUUAAUGGGAUCAGUGGUUUUAUCUGUGAGACCCAAGGGUUUGUUCAGUAUUUAUAAUUUUUUUUUAAGAUACCUGUAACAUCCUGUGAAUUCUAGACUACAGCAUCUUAAAAUUUCUGGAAAAAGCCAGAGAGGAGAAGGAUUCAUUAUUUUAUUUGCUGUUCUGUUUCCCAUAAUAGACAGUAUGUGUUACAUUGGUCCAAUAUGCUUCAGAGCGAUGCUGUAUUUAUUAUAUCUCCAUUCUAAAAACAUGCAGUAUGACAAGCCAGAUGAAGGGAACCGUUUUCACUCACAUUCUUGGAACUCUAUGGGGAUGGAAUGGCAUGAGAUGGAGCAGAGAGGAAGUUCCUUUUGCAAAAAGGCUGCACAAGCUCCAUGCCACGUUGUGACUGUGAUUAGAUUGGUCUGGGUAGGCAGUGACAGAGAGCCAGAGCAGGUGGGUCAGGAAGCAGAAUUGUGUGUUUGGAAGCUGUUGGGAUCCAGACAGAAAAGCACAUGUCUCUGAGAAUACAUGUGCUGGUCCAGGUGUAGGAUGCAAUGCUAGGCAGGUCUCUUGGCCAGUCUGCAGAGAACUGAUGAGGCUGUAAUCUAACAUGAUACUCCUGGGACAAAGCAGGAGGAACUAGAUGAGGAGCGAGGCAUGGGCUGAAUCAUAAGAGCAUCUUUAGAAACAGGGAAGCGUGUUCUGAAUGCCCUGCAUUUCAUUAAGGAGGAGGUUUUUUUAAUGGCACUGUGCUCUUUUGGAAACACAGCUUAUAAAGUGCAAAACAUGGCAAGAGCAAACAGUGUGCUGCUCCGUUGUGUGGAUGAUUACAGCAUGGAGAAUGCAGUUCUCUUCCAUUGCACCCUCGCUGUAUGGAGGAGCAGUUUGAAGCUGAGACUCUAAAUUCAAACUUUGAAGGCUUAGGGAACCAUCUGUGGUGUCUAAAUCUUGGCUCUCUCCAGAGAGAUGGAUUUCACCCUGUGCAAGUACCACCCUUCCUAAGGUCACAGGUGGAGCUUCAAGGUUUUCAGCCAAGCAACUGGUGUUUUUGGUGAGUUGGUCUGGACGAUCAGAGUCACAUUGCAGAUCAAUGCUGUAGUGUCUGUAUUCCUCCACCUCCCUCCAGCCAGCUCUACCCUCAUAAAAGUUCACAUGCUGAAUGGGGCUCUACAGUGCCAGUAAAUCAAUACCAAAACUCUUGCCCAGCUUGUUGCCUCUCCCCUUGCAAAUCCCUGACCUUAAAUCAAAUAAAGAAACAAAUGCAGUUAAAGAA